GGCACGCUCAUUGACAUGCUCUCAUGGUUACAUUGUAUUGGAUUACCUGACUACGCACUGUAGGACACCAAUGACCCCUGCUUCAUAUAGUGUAUGGCACUCAGUAUGAUGGCAAAAUAGGUGGACAGGUUAACAGGCCGUAAAAAUCCCCAGCGUUGCGCUUUUACUUUAUCCGUGACUCUCUUUAACCAUCGCGUAAAUUUGUUCGAAGGGGAGGGGGUUUGGUUCGGGAGCGCAUCGGGGAAUGCAGGAGUGGUCAGAAGCAGUGCGCUGGAUGGCACUGAAACACCGGGAGGGACACUGCGGAGAGCUCACCGGACCAAAGCGGGCAAGUUCUGCCCGGAAAUUAGUUCGUAGUAUUUUAGUAUUUUAAACGCGCGCUUGUUACGCAACAGAAUCUCUUUUGAAAUCAAGUACAGAAAUAACUAUUUGAGAACUGAAACGUAGAGACUGAUCUUACUUUGGUAUGGAGCUAUUGCAGAUGCAAGAUGAAUUCUGAUACGGAUCAUGCCUUGAACUUCUUAAGCAAUGGUUCCUCGGAACUCAACGAGCCGCUUUCUGCGUCCAACGUCUCCAACUCGACCACAGCAAAAAAUGGCACCGAAUCGAGUUCGUUCAGCCUCCGUCGUGCGGUUCCUCUGGGCAUGGUUCUGGGCGCUUUUAUUGUGUUUGCCAUCGUGGGUAACAUUCUCGUUAUUCUCUCUGUUGUGUGCAACAGGCACCUGCGGAUUCCAACCAACUACUUUAUCAUUAAUCUCGCGAUGGCAGACCUGUUGCUGGCCACAACCGUCCUACCAGUAUCCGCCACACUGGAAAUUCUCAACUACUGGGUGUUCGGAAGGAUUUUCUGUGACAUCUGGGCUGCACUGGAUGUACUCUGCUGCACCGCAUCCAUCAUGAGCCUGUGCGUAAUCUCCAUAGACCGCUACAUCGGGGUGCGUUACCCUUUGCAGUACCCAAGUAUAGUGACGGAGAAAAGGGCGCUCUUGGCAAUGCUGGGGGUUUGGGUGCUUGCCAUUGUCAUAUCUAUAGGACCAUUGCUCGGAUGGAAACAACCGCCCUCCAAGGACGAAACCGUUUGCCCUAUCACGGAGGAGCCGUUUUACGCCCUGUUCUCGUCACUGGGUUCAUUCUAUAUCCCUUUAGCGGUUAUUUUAGCCAUGUACUGCCGUGUGUAUAUAGUUGCUAAAAGAACCACUAAAAAUCUGGAGGCUGGAAUGAUGAAGGAGCGCAUGGACUCCAAUGAGCUGACGCUCCGCAUUCACUAUAAAGGCUCGCAGACGCAGGAUGACUGCAGCGCAGCGGGUAGUAAAGGCCUGAUGAGGAGCUCUCUGACACUCAAAUUACUGAAGUUUUCCAGAGAGAAGAAAGCUGCUAAAACGCUUGGUGUCGUUGUGGGCAUGUUCAUCCUGUGCUGGUUACCAUUUUUCCUCGCACUGCCUAUUGGAUCCUUUAAUGAGAGCUUGCGUCUUCCUGACACGUUCUUUAAAGUCAUCUUCUGGCUGGGCUACUUCAACAGCUGUCUGAACCCCAUCAUUUACCCCUGCUAUAGCCGCGAGUUCAAGCAGGCUUUCAUUCGGAUCCUGCGAUGCCAGUGUCAGCAGAGGAAACAACAGGGGUGGAAGGCAUACAACUACCGCGUCCAGACGGGCUCCGCAAACCAGGGCUACACAGACACCAGCUCCAUUUGCAUGAAUGGCAGUCAGCAGACUCUGGCUCCGGUGCAGCCCAGCCCGUGUUUCAGCAGAGGAGGGGGCUCUCGUCAGGCAUCGGCUCAUCUUCCAGGCUGGGGUCCCGGCAACUCUUCUCCCUCAUUAUCUGGGAGCCCCUUUCCGGGUAAAAAGAGACCUGGGGAAAUCACCCCGAAUUCCUGCAAACCCAGCAGAAUGACUUUGAUGUUCCCUAAUAGGCCUUUUUCCAAAGGACAUCAGCACGCUAAUGGACAGAACGCAAAGGGUGAGGAGCACCUGAGACCCACAACUGAGACUACUAUGUAGCUUGAUGUUGACAGUGACUUUCACACAAGUGAUUUCGUUCUGGAUUAAUUCGAUAUGUUGUCAAUGUGAAAUGCAUAGCGCAUCUUGUCAUGCAUGUCUCUAUUGUGAAUUUGACAGUUGCAGUAGCUAUUGAUAUUAAAUGGACGGGGUGGAUAUAUGUGGUUAUUUGAAAUACCACAAGCACUAACAACUUUUGCUCCAUUUAUCGCCUGAGUUGUAUGUGUUAUGUGUGAAGAGUUUGUGGUUUAGAAAGAUGUGUGCAGUGGAGGUCAUUGUUGGAACAUCUGAUUGAGGGAUCAGGUCUCACGUACCUGUGAGCUUCAUUGAUGAAAUUAGCCGAUCUGUUAACCUCUUUUUUCUCUCUUUCUGAUCUUUUGUGUUAUUCAUUUCCAGGUUGUGCCAGUUUUUUAAUAUUACCUGUUAGGCUGGUUAAGAUUCUUUAAUUGGAUUCACAGCUCGAGUUAAAGUGAGUCAUUUUUUUGGAGGAUCUAUUGACAGAAAUGCAAUAUACUAUACAUAACUGUGUCUUCAGAGGUGUAUAAAGACCUUACGUAAUGAAGCGUUAUGUUUUUAUUAGAAUGAGCUAUUUCUAUCUACAUACACCGCGGGGUCCCUUUACAUGGAAUUCACCAUGUUGUUUCUACAGUAGCACUAAAUGGACAAACUGCUCUUCAGAGCGCGUUUCGUAAAUAUAUUAUCUCCUUCGGAAAUGACAGACUUGACGACAUCUUGGUCCCAUGUCAGCCGCCGUAGUGCUUCGAAAGGGAGGGGUAGAGUGAGCCGUUGCAAUUUGCAACAUCAUCGCUAGAUGCGGCUAUAUUUCAAACAUUGACUGGACCUUUAAAUCCGCUUUGUGAUCCACAUUUCAAUAGGGUGUUUUUGGCCUGUUUUAUAAAUUAAUUUUGAUUUUCUUGGUCACUGUAAAACACGUUCUAUCAAAAAGAUGGCAUGUAACGGUUGUAUAUGAUUACAGAAUUUUUUGCCUGAAGAAAAGACACAAAUGAGCAAAAAAAGUUAUUCCUUCAUAGGUGUAUGUAAGCUCUUAAUCAUGAAAUGUGAUCAUGGGUUCAACAUUUGUCAUCCGAUGCCAGCUAUUCAUUGCCCUAAAAUAGGCUCAUCUGUAGUAUUAGAUUUUUAAUCUGCCAAGUGAGCGCUUCUUCAAAGACUGUCUGCUGCCUGUACAAUUUAUUUACUAUGGUGGACCAUUUAUUUGUUGUGUUAUAUUGUCUGCUUUAUACAUUACUACCUUUCUUUUUUUCUGAAAACAUAACCUAGGCAUAAUGAAGACAUUUUUUUUUUACACAAGCCAAGCGUGCAUCAAGACACUAUUUCACAUAAUAUUUUACAUACACUGUAAAACAGGCAACAUGCUAUAUUUGUGAUGGGUAAACUUAACUGAGAUAUGGCUAUUGCCCUAUGUUAUCUUAAUAAAGAUAAUAGGGGUAUAUAUUUACCAGUGCGGUCCUAGACAUCUGGGGGCCCUAAGCAAAACUUUUGUCAGGGGGCCCCUCAAAAUAGAGAAGAAUUAGAUAUAAACUAUAAAUCAUUAACAUACUUAAACGAAUUAAGACUUAAAGACACAAGAUUAAAAAGUGCUUGUCAACAUUGACAACACAGUAUGCAAUCGUUUAAAAAGUACAAUGUUUUUUCCCAUUUCCUGAAAAAACGCAAAUUUGGACAGCAUCAUGUCAUUUUAAGGGUGUCAUAAAUCAAUUUUGUAAAGAUAUGCUUAAAAUUCCAAUAUAUCUACUUGUGUUUAAAUUCAAACAAUACGAGUAACACACGUAACAUAGGCUACCGCAUUAGCAUCUGUUUCUAUGGGCCGCUAUACGUUGGUCGUCCUGUGAAACAAAGUUCUUGUGUGUGUGUGUGGUACAGUAAGUGUAAUUAUAACAACAACAAUAAUAAUAAGUUAAGCUGCUUUUUUGCAGUCUGUUUUAAUGCAGGUUUUUGUCCUGUAAAAUAACAAAUUAGCACCAACUGCCUUUUUCGGUUUAGUGUGAAGGUCAUUAUUGGUGUCCCAAUAACACCAAAAUAAUUAAACAUUUUUGUCAUGAAACUGACAGAAAAUAGAACCCAAGUGCAGACAGCUCUCUCCAAAAAAAUAUAUAUAUAUUUGACAUAGACAAAAAAUAACUCAAAAUCCCUCGAGGGGGAAAACAAAAACAAUAUACUUACUUAACUUAAAGACAGACCAGGGGCAACAAGACAAGACGGGAUGAAGACAAACGAUCCAGCACAGGACAGCAAACACAAGGGCAUGAACCCAAGGGCUUUUAUAUGGACAAUUGUUACAUUUUUAAUGUUACAUUUAUUUUGGCAGAAGCUUUUAUCCAAAGCGACUUCAGAUCCGUCAAAACAAAUAAAAUUAAA